AUGUCUCUUUCUCAUAUGUGGAUUCAAAAUGAUGGUAAUGCUAAAAUCAGUCUUGGAUGGCAAGUGUUUCCAGAAUUGUAUGGUGAUGAUCGAACCCAUUUAUAUGCAUCAUGGACGAAUGACAAUUACCAUAAGACGGGAUGCUACAAUGUUCAAUGUCCAGGUUUUAUUCAGAUUGAUCGUAAAAUUUAUAUUGGUGCACCCUUUAUACAUUCAUCUUCUUAUGGUGGACAAAUUUAUGUAUACAUUCAUCUUCUUAAUCAGGGUCCAUUGUCGAAAAACUGGUGGUUAAGUGUAAAAAACUAUGAUAUUGGAUAUUUUCCUACGAAAUUGUUAUCCAACUUGAAAAUGGGAGUUAAAGUAAGGUACUAUGGUGAUGUUCGUGAAAGCCUUCACUGUUUUCUUCAGUUUGGAGGACCUGAUGGUAAUUCUGAAAAUUAA